CCUGGCAGUAUGGUGGAGACCUCUGGUGAGGGACGUCCGAACCAGGUGCAGACCAUAUUGUGUUUUUAUUCCAGUUUAUCCGUUACAGCUGCUGAGGAGAGCUGCAGCGGAUAAAAUUAGGGAAUUGUUUUGAUUUGUGAACCUGGGCUGUGGAGUAUGUCGGAAAAUCAAGAAAUGGACAUCAAAAAUUUUGUAUUCAAUGCAGCUAGGGAUGGCAGAUUACGGCGACUGAAGGUUUUCCUUGAACAACGUACCAAGGAAGAAGUCCAAAUGCUUGUUGGUGCAAGGACCGGUGGAGCUACACCAUUGGUAAUGGCAUGCCGUAAUGGCCAUUAUGAUGUUGCAGAAUAUCUUGUGGAACGUUGUGGUGCUGAUAUAGAGCAGCCAGGUUCAGUUAUGUUUGAUGGUGAGACCAUAGAGGGGGCUCCCCCUUUGUGGUGUGCUGCUGCAGCUGGGCAUCUCUCUGUCGUCAGACUUCUGGUUAGGCAUGGUGCAUGUGUCAAUAAUACUACAAGGACCAACUCCACACCACUCCGAGCAGCCUGUUUUGAUGGCCACUUCGAAAUUGUUAAAUUCCUUGUUGACAACGGAGCAGAUAUUGAAGUGGCAAAUAGGCAUGGUCACACCUGCCUGAUGAUUGCUUGUUACAAGGGUCACUUUCGGAUAGCCAAGUUUCUCCUCAGUCUGAACGCCAGUGUGAACAGGAAGAGUGUUAAAGGCAACACUGCUCUUCAUGACUGUGCUGAGUCAGGCAGCUUGGAAAUCCUCAAGUUACUUAUUGCACAUGGCGCUCAGAUGGAUGUAGACUCAUAUGGCAUGACGCCUCUUUUGGCUGCAAGCGUUACUGGGCAUACACAUAUUGUAGAAUAUCUAAUUAAAUUACCAAAUCUUGUAUCCAGACAUGAGCGUGUUGAUGCUUUGGAACUACUCGGAGCAACAUAUGUUGACAAAAAGCGAGAUAUGAUUGGUGCUCUGGGUCUUUGGAAAAGAGCAAUGGAUGACAGGUUUCCUCAGGGAGAACCACCUCUUCCUAAGCCUGUGCAAGUAGUGACAGUUGCUGCAUAUGAUCAUGCUCGAGAGGUGACAGAUCACGAGACUUUAGAGGAACUCCUUGCAGACCCAGAUGAAAUGAGAAUGCAGGCACUAGUGAUUCGUGAGCGCAUACUUGGCCCUGCACAUCCAGACACAAGUUACUAUGUGCGCUACAGAGGAGCUGUCUAUGCUGAUGCAGGAAAAUUUUCACGCUGCAUUGCCCUUUGGAACUAUGCUUUAGACAUGCAGCAGAGAAUGCUGGAUCCCUUGAAUCAGAUGACCCAGAGCUCACUGUCGUCAUUCGCUGAGCUGUUUGCUUUCAUGGCUGGAGAGCAGGGCCGACCAGCAGCACGUGGUAGGAGAGUUCCUGAAGCAUCAUUUGAAGAAGUGCUAGAUGUACUUCGGAAGGCAGUGAGAGAGGUAGAGGCUGGCUCAACUCAACUGGAUCGCAUGCCAGCAGCAGCUGUUGGUGAACGAGAAACCCUUCAAUUACGUCGAGCUGUUGUUGUUGCCCUGCAGCUUGCAUGUUUGCUGGCACGUCUUUUGCCAGGACUUGAUGAGGCUCGUACAUUUGAACUUCACUGCACUGUUUACAGAUUGGCAAAGGCACCUGUAACACACAGACUUGGAGGAGCCACACCCUUGCAUGUGGCAUGUGCUCAGAGAGGUGGAGGGGGAACUGAAGGAGGAAGAUAUCCAGCCUGCCGUCUCCCUUCAGCAGCUGUUGUAUCUUUGCUCCUUGCGUCUGGAGCCAAUGCAGAUGCAAAGGAUGAUGAUGGCUGCACACCACUUCAUUUUGCAGCUGGUGCUACGACAGAGUUAGGUGCACCGUCUCUCAUUAGGACUCUGCUUGAAGGAGGUGCACAUUUAGAUGCUAGGAACGGUCAGGGCCGUACAUUUGAACAGCUGCUGCCUGCAGGUGUUGCGCUACAUGAAUUAAUAAAUCCAGUACGCUACACAACACUCACUUGUUUAGCUGCAGCCACAAUUCGUAAAUACAAUGUGCCUUAUCGUGGACAGAUUCCUGUCUCAUUGGAAGAAUUUGUUGCACGUCAUUAAGAUAGAGAAAAAUGGCUGAAUGCCAUUGGGUGACACAGAUCUUCCAGAGAAGUGGAAUUAUAUCAGCAUUAAUUAGCACUGUAUUGUUACUAUGCAAGCAAUUUCUUGUAAAGUAAUAGGAAUUACGGUAUGAUAAUAGCCGUGCAGUACUAAGCCUUUAUAAUAUCAUUAGCUGAUUCUAACUGAGUUUUCACAAAAUCACAUGAAAUGAUGGUUUUGUUUGUUCCUGAGAGUGAGAGGAUAAUUGUUGGGAAUGAUAUCCACUUGGUUGAUCACAUCUUGAGCUACCAUCUUAGUACCGUUGUGUACAUUUUGGCAGUGGAACACUUGUGAUAGAGUAUUGUUUUGUGAUGACUAACAACUGUGUGGAUGAAAAUGAUCAUCACAAUGUUCAUAUAGAGUCCAAUUUGAUUUUUUCCUGAGCUCUGAUCUAUGAUUGAAGUGUGUUAGCAUCAUGCUGCGUGAAGUUGAAUUUUGGAAUAAUCAUAUUUUUGUUCUGUAGAAGAUAGGAGAAGUGUUUACUUUGUAUCUUCAGUAACUGGGUUAAUAUUUUACUCUAUAAAUUAAAAAGUUAUUUGCUUGAAUUCUUAAAAUGACAACCUUAUCAAAGCUGCUCGAUAAACAUAUAUACUGAAGUGUAAUUGUCCCUUCUUUUUUUAACCCAUAGUCUCAUUUUUAAUAAAAUACCCACACUUUUUGCUGCUCAAGUGAAAACAACUGUUUAACUACAGGUUAAUCAUAUUGAUUGCUUCCUCAGUCUUUAUGACUAGACAUUAGGGGUUGAACAAGAUUGUCACUUAUGUUGUAUCAAGGUAUUCUGAUCACGGUACACGGGAUGCUGAAGUCAUAUUGUUUCUGCUGCGGAGAUAAUAUCUGCUCCAGCAUUCAUCUCUCCUGAAUCGUUGACAGUAAUUGUAAAUUAGGAAUUUCUGACUGACAGCAUAGUAAUCACUAUUUGGAGCAUAGUUGUGAUAAUCCUUAUGCCCACAAAAUCAUUCAGCUAUAGAUCUAAAUGUCAUUUUUCAGCAGCUCGUAUCCUUUAGUUACUUAAGUGUAACAUGAGUUUGAUAGUAGACA